AUGAAGAUGCAUUUCUGCAUCCCGGUGUCCCAGCAGCGGCCCGAUGCGCUGGGGGGCCGCUACGUGCUGUAUUCCGUGUACCUGGACGGCUUUCUGUUCUGCAAGGUGCGUUACAGCCAGCUGCAUCGUUGGAAUGAACAGCUGAAGCGGGUGUUUGGAAAUUGCCUGCCACCCUUUCCACCAAAGUACUAUCUUGCAAUGACCACAUCUAUGGCUAAUGAGAGAAGGGACCAGUUAGAACAAUAUUUGCAAAAAGUAACCGUGGACCCAAACAUGUUGAGAAGUGAUGUCUUCGUUGAUUUUUUAAAACUGGUGCAGCUGGACACAUUCAGCAUCACCACCAAGAAAGCAUCUCUGGAUAUAUUUCUGCCCGAUGGAAGGAACAUUAAAGUCGAAAUUCUAACAUCAGAUACUGCCGAAAGAGUCCUGGAGGCGGUGUCACACAACAUUGGACUGUGUCAGGAGCUGCCGGACUGCUUCGGCCUAUUUCUCAUUCAGUUUUGCAAAGAGGGCAGGCUGUCUGUCGUAAAAAAAUUGGCAGACUUUGAACUCCCAUAUGUUAGCCUUCGAAGUUCUGAAGUGGAAAACUGCAAGGUUGGACUCAGGAAGUGGUACCUGGACCCAUCCCUCGACGCCAGGCUGAUGGACUGCAGAGCAGCUGUAGAUCUGAUCUACAUGCAGGCAAUCCAGGACAUUGAAAAAGAAUGGGCCAAGCCCACGGAGGUGCAGAGGCAGAAAUUAGAGGCUCUCCAGAAAGAAGACAACCAAACAGAGUUUUUGGAGCUUGCCCGGGAGGUCCAGCACUAUGGAUAUGUACAGCUGGAACCCUGCACCUGUGACCACCCAGAACCGGGCUGCCAGGCCCUUCUUUCCGUUGGCAAUAAUGAGAUCAGCUGCUGCAUAACCCUUCCUGAUAACCAGACCCUGGACGUCAUUUUCCAGAUGGACAGAGUGAAGUGCUGGCAGGUCACUUUCCUUGGGACUCUGCUGGAUACGGAUGGGCCACAGCAAACUCUCAGCCAGAACUUAGAGCUCAGAUUUCAGUACUGCGAGGAUAGUCACUGGCGGUGGUUUGUUAUUUACACCAAACAGGCUUUUUUGCUGAGUACCUGCUUGAAAAAGAUGAUCUCAGAAAAGACAGUAAAGCAAGCUGCAGAGAACCCAGAAAUGCAGAUUGAAGUUCCAGAACAAGGCAAAAGUAAAAAAUGCCACAUUCAACAAAACCAGAAAGACUAUUCUAGUUUUCUGCCAAGAAAAAGCAAGAUUAAGAUAGCUGAAGUUGACUGUGGUUUUGGGACCAUAAAGGAAGAUCUUUGA